GUCAGGGGCACCAACCCUCCCCAUGCAGUCAAAAAUCCUUGUAUAACCUUUGACUCCUCAAAAACUGAAACACUAAUAGUCCACUGUUGACUGGAAGUCUUCCUGAUAACAUAAACAGUCAAUUAAUACAUAUCUUGUAUGUCAUAUGUAUUACAGACUAUAGUCUUACACUAAAGUAAGUUAGAGAAAAUAUUUAAAAAAUAAGGAAGAACAAAUACAUUUACAAUAUUGUACUGUAUUUAUUGAAAAAAAUCCAUAUAUAAGUGGAUCCAUGCAAUUCAAACCCAUGUUGUUCAAGGGUCAACUGUAAUUCAGUUGAAUUUCCGGAGAGGAACUAAGAAAUUUAUAGAAAGAUAAACCACAAUGGCUGGGCAUUAGUGUAGUUAAGUGACCUUUUAAACUUUAAACUUCCACAUCACAGUAUGAAGCUGGUUCUAAGAUAAGAAUUAGAAUAAAUUGUCUCCUAAGGACAGACCUGAAUCUCUGAUUGCUUAGAGGCUGACUCAGCUGAAGAUCAUGGCUUUUGAUGGUACUUGGAAGAUAGACCGGAACGCGAACUAUGACAAGUUCAUGGAAAAAAUGGGUGUUAACAUGGUGAAAAGGAAGCUUGCAGCUCAUGACAAUUUGAAACUGACAGUUACACAAGAAGGAAAUAAAUUCACCGUCAAAGAAUCAAGCACUUUUCGUACCAUUGAAAUUGUUUUUGAGCUUGGUGUCACUUUUAAUUACAGCCUAGCAGAUGGAACUGAACUCAGUGGUACUUGGAACCUAGAAGGAAAUAAACUUGUUGGAAAAUUCAAACGGAUAGACAAUGGAAAUGAACUGAAUGCUAUCCGAGAAAUUAUAGAUGGUGAAUUGGUUCAGACUUACAUAUAUGAAGGAGUAGAAGCCCAGAGGAUCUUCAAAAAGGAAUGAGCUUUAUUCUUGGAGUACAGACCAGAAUACAAAGUGAAUGGAAAAUCUAUAUUGUAAUAAAACUGUUUUUCUCUCUCUGAUUAG